AGUUGUUUUCCGAGAGCUCGUGUAGAAUGUGGGUGCGAUGGUUGCGGAGGGUGCAUUCCGUGCACGUAGCUCGUUCCAGCUCGUUCCUCACGUUCGCUCAGCUAAGACAACUGACAUACCGUGGCUUUGUUCACUGUAGAACCGAGGCCAGAAUACGCGGUGUCCCGGCCGCCAUGACGACCAGAGUCAGCCAGCUCUGUUUUCAGCGUGAGCUAAACUGUGUAACGACUGAACGGGUAGGAAGCAGCCACGAAGCACCUCUCCCUUCCAGGGCUUCUGACGGAACCUACACGGAGGAGGGCAAGAGUAUACAAAACGAGAAGAGAGGUGCAGCCCUUCCCAGCUUCGGGAUUCAUGUGCUGGUCAGCCUACUCCGCGAAGAGAAUGCCAAAGACAUGUGCGUUAUUAAACUUCCUCCUGAAAUGAAGUAUGUUGAUUAUUUUGUGGUUGUCAGCGGCACUUCUACGCGACAUAUUCAAGCAAUGGCGCAGUACUCGUUGAAAGUGUUCAAGUCUUUAAAGAGAGUCAAAGAUUCACACGUUGUAAUUGAAGGGAAGGAAACGGAGGACUGGAUGUGCAUAGAUUUUGGAAAUAUUGUUGUCCACUUCAUGCUACCAGAGACAAGAGAGCUGUAUGAACUGGAGAAAUUGUGGACUUUGCGUUCAUAUGAUGACCAGUUAUCCCAGAUGGCAGCGGAGGUUUUACCAUUGGACUUCACAUUUGGGCUCCAUUCACCAAAGGAAUGAUUACGGACGCUUAUUUGCAUCUAAAACCAUACUGAGAGCUGUGGAUUAUAUAUAUGCAGACCCGGAAGGCUUGCUGGCUAUGAAAUCAAGAUGCAACAGAUAUAAAGCAGUCCUGUGUCAUUAUAGACCUGUCGUGGAUUUGUUAAACGCAUGGUAGGGUGGAUGAGUGGAUUACCUUUUUGUCUAGGAGUAUCCAUUUCUGUACCUUGUAUUUUCACUGACAGUCUCGUGAUAUUGAUUUUGAGCGCUGCUAGGGUAAACCAUGUGGUUAAGACUCAAUUAUUUGGAAGUAACAUUAAACACCUGCCGUUUUGAGAUU